AUGGCAUUUCUAGGCAGAACAUUUCUAUCCACUGGAUCAGAGAUGUUGCAGCUGCUGCUUUUUAUAUUCCAGCUCUUGGGAGGGUCCCUGACCCAGCUCCCAGGGUAUGAGCUGAAGGCCCCAGCAUCUGUGAUAGCACAAGAGGGACUGUGCAUCCAGGUCCCCUGUUCUUUCUCCUACCCUUCAUAUAUCAGCACCCAUGGCUUCCCGGCUCUUGGAUUCUGGUUCAGGAGUGGAGCCAACACUUACUCAGACAAACCAGUGGCUACAAAUGACCCAAAAAAGGAUGUUCAAGAAGAGGCCAGGGGGCGAUUCCAUCUUCUUGGGGACCCUGAGAUGAACAACUGCUCCCUGAACAUCAUAGAUGUGCAGAAUAAUGACAGUGGGCAAUACUUCUUCCGGAUAGAGAGAGGACCUUUUGUGAAAUUUGUGUACUAUAGUUAUAUGGUUAAUGUGAGUGUGAAAGCUCUCACACAGAAGCCAGACAUCUCUACUGCAGAGACCUUGGAGCCUGGACACCUGGUGAAAGUGGUUUGUCUGUUCCCCCGGAUCUGUGAGAAGGGAACACCCCCUGUUUUCUCUUGGACAGGGGCUCUUCUCUCUUCCCAGGGAUUCAGCAGGGAAACCCUCUUUUUCUCUGAGCUGACCCUCACCCCAAGAGCCCAGGAUCACGGCUCGAAUCUUACCUGUCGAGUGACCCUCCCUGGGGCUGGAGUAAGCACAGAGAGAAGUGUGCAGCUCAUGCUGGCUGGAGAAGAGAAAAGCUCCUGGCCUCUGGUGCUGACCCUGCUCAGAGGGGGCCUCAUGGCAGUUGGCUUCCUCCUCACCUAUGGCCUCACCUACCUCUAUUAUAGCAGCCUUCUUCCCUUCAAGGGUGAAAACGGAACCAACCACCCACCAUUGCUACCUGAUGCCUGCCUGCUACUGGACCUCUCUUCUGACAGUGUAGCUGGGUUUCCUUUACAGGGGCAGAAUUCAUUAAGGACCAAAACAUUUCUGUCCACUGGAUCAGAGAUGCUGCUGCAGCUGCUCUUGACGUUCCAGCUCUUGGGAGGGUCCCUGUCCCAGUUCUCAGGGUAUGAGCUGAAGGCCCCAGCAUCUGUGACAGCACAAGAGGGACUGUGUAUCCAGGUCCCCUGUUCUUUCUCCUACCCCUCAGAUAUCAGCACCCAUGGCUUCCAGGCUCUUGGAUCCUGGUUCAGGAGUGGAGCCAACACUGACAAAGACAAACCAGUGGCUACAAAUGACCCAAAAAAGGAUGUUCAAGAAGAUGCCAGGGGGCGAUUCCAUCUUGUUGGGGACCCUGGGAAAAACUGCUCCCUGAGCAUCAUAGAUGUGCAGAAAAUGGACAGUGGGCAAUACUUCUUCCGGAUAGAGAGAGGAACUAUUGUGAAAUUCAAUUACUAUAGUUAUAAGGUUAAUGUGAGUGUGAAAGUUCUGACACAGAAGCCAGACAUCUACAUUCCAGAGACUUUGGAACCUGGACACCUGGUGAAAGUGGCUUGUCUGGUCCCCUGGAUCUGCGUGUGGGGGAUACCACCUGUUUUCUCUUGGACAGGGGCUGUUCUUUUCACCCAGAAACUCAGCAGGGAAACCCUCUUUUUCUCUGAGCUAACCCUCACCCCAAGAGCCCAGGAUCACGGCUCUAAUCUUACCUGUCGAGUGACCCUCCCUGGGGCUGGAGUAAGCACAGAGAGAACUGUCUAUCUCAAUGUUACUUAUAGAAGUGAUACCCUCACAUUCUCCAAAGGGAUGAUUUUGGGAUUUGGGAUCAUGGCCCUUCUUGCCCUAUGUCUCCUAGCACUUAUGAAGUUCCUGAGGAAGAAGAAGAAGGUAGAGGACCCAGAGCCCCAGGACAGCAAGGAAGUGGAUUUUGUCAAUGAAGGGGUCCCAGUGGAUCAACACAGCGAUCCCAGAUUGCCCCUGCCUAACCCAGCCACUCAAGUCCCCUCAGAGGAGAUUCACUAUGCAUCCCUUAACUUCAGAAGAACCAGUCCUUGAAACAACCUACAAAGCCAGAACCCAGAGAACCAAGGUGCCCAAGACCAUUACUCAGAGGUUGUUUCAGUGAGGAGGAAUCUGAGGCUUGUGGGAUGGGAGGUCAAAUAAAGAAGUUACCAUCUAAUUCUUUUCCUGGAAGGAGAUCACUCUGUCUGGAGUUCCUCUGUAUUUCUCUUCUUUUUUCCUCUUCCUUCCUUCCUUCCUUCCUUCCUUCCUUCCUUCCUUCCUUCCUUCCUUCCUUCCU